AAACACCAACUUACGCGCUGUGGAGAUAGGUCUGACAGUACCAGCUAAGCUACACGCGUUAACCACAGAGAAAUAACGUUAACUGCUACAAUGGCGAUAUGAAAACAAUCAAUCAAUCGAGGACCACCCACACACUGAAGGAGACUGCGAGGAGAGGGAGUUGAGGCUGAGGUAGGAGGAGGACGCCAUUGCAGCCGCAGCUGGCAGUGUGCGAUUGAGGAGUAAAAGCGUUAUCAAACUUUACAAUAUCGAGGAGCUUUUCAGGCGUUUUUCAGACUCAGCCCUCAGUUACGGGGUUAUAGUGUUAAAGCAGAUAAGUGGGAUGGACGGUUUUCCUUUGAAGAGGAGAAAAUGUGGAGCCAAAGCGCCGAAUCAAAGCAGUCUCCAACCAUUCCUUCACUUGUCUGAUGGCCCAGCCUCUCACCAUGAACACCAGUAGGAACUGCACCACGGUGGGGAAUGGUGAGGGUCUGGCAGCCCUGGAGUCAGUCUCAAUUGUGACCAUCACACUCCUCGCCUGCCUGGGUAAUCUUUUGAUCGUGGCAACCCUCUAUCGCAGACCUUAUCUGCUCACGCCCAGCAACAAGUUUGUGUUCAGCCUGACCCUGUCCAACCUGCUGCUGUCCAUGUUGGUGCUGCCGUUUGUGGCCGUGAGCUCGGCGAAGAGGGAGUGGGUGUUUGGAGUGGUUUGGUGUAACUUCACUGCCCUGCUCUACCUGCUCAUCAGCUCCGCUAGCAUGCUCACCCUCGGCGCUAUUGCCAUUGACAGGUACUACGCAGUGCUUUACCCUAUGAUCUACCCCAUGAAGAUCACAGGGAACCGGGCAGUCGUUGUCCUCGCCUAUGUGUGGAUACACUCCCUGGUGGGCUGUCUGCCUCCUCUGUUCGGCUGGUCCUCCUUUGAGUUUGACUGUUUCAAGUGGACCUGUGUUGCCUCUUGGCACAGAGAGCCAAGCUACACAGCUUUCUGGGUCACCUGGUGCAUCCUCCCCCCCUUAUUCAUCAUGCUGGCCUGUUACGGUGUUAUUUUCCGUGUAGCCCGAAUGAAAGCCAGGAAAGUUCACUGUGGAACAGUUGUCGUGGCCCAGGACGACUCCACUGGAGCUCAGAAGAAUGGACGUAAAAACUCAAGCACUUCUACUUCCUCUAAUGGAAGCCGGCGGAGCCUGGUGUAUGCAGGGAGUCAGUGCAAGGCCUUUGUCACCAUCUUAGUGGUGAUUGGCACUUUCCUCAUGACCUGGGGUCCGUACGUGGGGGUGGUGUGCACCGAGGCUCUGUGGGGACAAGGGAGUGUGUCUCAAGGGCUGGAGACUUUUGUAUCAUGGCUGUCCUUUUGCAGCGCGGUGUGCCACCCGCUCAUCUAUGGUUUGUGGAAUAAAACUGUGAGGAAGGAGCUGCUGGGGAUGUGUUUCGGAGAUCGCUACUACAGAGAGUCGUUCGCCACACGGCAAAGGACAUCCCGCCUCUUCAGCAUCUCCAACAGAAUCACAGACUUGGGUAUGUCCCCACACAUGACAGCCAUGCUGGCCGGUGGAAGGCAUCUGUUGGCCCCAGGGAGCAGCACAGGAGAUACUGGCUUCAGUUUUACUCAAGACUCAUGCACAGACGUGAUGCUGCUGGAUAACUUUUCCACAGAUGGGUCCUCCCUCUUACAGCAACACUGUAAUCCGUCUGGGAAGAGGAGGAGCUCCGUCACCUUUGAAGACCAGAUGGAGCAAACCAAAGCUGAAAACAUCAACACGGCUGCGGUUCAAGUCCACGCAGAGGUACACAAAUCACUCGACACUUUUGCCUCCUGUCUGGCGAAAGCUAUAGAGAGUGACGCUAAGCUCACCCUGUUUGGGGAGGGUCUGGCUCUGCCGGAGGGACUGUUUACGACCAGGGCAGCACUGAGACCCAGAUACCUGGACGGUCAGAGACUGAGGCUGGAAAGUAUUGAUGAGGGGAUCGGUAAAGAUGACAGAGACGAUGAAGAAGAGCGGGACGUGGAGGAAAAACUGGCCUGAACACAGCAAGCCUGUUCAUUGUCGGACAUGUUUAUAGAUCGUACUCAGUUUAUUAGUGGACUGCAUGGGUUUCACACCCUUAACACUCACAAUAGGUGACCAUCAGUGGUUUGUGGUGCAUUUUAUGAAAUCUGAUCUCUCUACACUUCGGUACUCCAUACUUGAAAUUAUUAGGAAACAGGAAGAUGCACAUUAUUCAUUCCACUAUGUUGGACCAAGUACACCAUCAGUGACUUUGCAAGCUUUUGUAUGGAUGCAUGUAAUCAAAUAGGAAGCCAAAACUACUGUAACCGAAAUGAUCAGAUUUUUGUAGUAAUUUGUUUAUUACCAUACAUUAUGGUAUGUCCUCAGAAUUUGCAAUAAGAUGCGUCUCAUCGCAGCUGGAAAGUAUGAAAAAAUAGUUUCUAUCUUCCAAAAGACACUUAACGCUGUUGUCAGAUCUCUUAAAAAUGUCUCCUUGUCCCUAUUAAAUGUCAAGUUGGACACAUAUCCGGGGUUUCUCAGUAACGACUGGGAUGAUGAUGAUGUGAACACUAUUCACAAGUCAGACCCCUCUAACUACAAUAACUUUGGAUGUGAUAUGCACACAGCAUGAGCAAAAGUUGAAUCAGUGAAAAUGCCUUUGCAGGGCCUUUUUAAAGAAGACAUUUUAAAGGGAGCUGAUAACAGUAUUGAGAGUGCUUUGGUCCUUUUUUUUUUAAUAAUAUUUUUUUGGCCACGUUAGGCCUUUAUUUGAACAGGACAGCUUAGACAUGAAAGGGGAGAGAGAGGAGGAAUCCCAGCAAGGACGCUGCGUCGAGGAGUAAACCUCUAUAUAUGGGCACCCGCUAUACCAGGUGACCUAUCCAGGAGCCCCCGUCAUAGUCUUUUGUUUGGACCUGGGCACGUGGACAAGAAAAGUUUGUGUUUUCACACAUAGUUUAAAAGAAUCAUGAUAACCAGAAGGCCUUUCCUCGACACUGACUGUAAAUCACGAUAUGUUUACAUUUUGGACAACUUAUUGGUUACAAUUGGUUGUGACUGAUUAUCACAUUGCACAGCAGCAUGGUAAUGAGAGGGCAGACUGUAGUUCUCAUGUACCCAACAGUCUCAUUCACAUUUGACAAUUUUUCACUAAAGACAUUUUGAAAUGUCACAGUAGGAAAAAAAAAGAAGUGGAAAAUUAAAGGUCAAAUUCCGUUUAGCCAGUUUAGGUUCAGGGUCCAGGUGUUCCAUGUUGGCACACUGUCAUGGCUUACUGAGAGAGAACAGUGUCAUGGGUGAUGUUUUGUAACACCCGUGUUUUUACUACUAUGACAAGUCAAAAUAUCGGCUAUGAAAAAGGCCUAUUUAUGUGAGUUGAAAACACAUUGGCCUGUAGGUGUUGACUGAUGUCAUUUCCAAGGGUAAUCGGACUUCUACCCCUGUGCAUGCCUUGACAGGUUACUUAUAGAAUGAGUAGAAACAGGUACAGUUUGUACAUUUCAUAAUUACCUGCUACAGUAAUUGCACUUGAACAUGCAGGGGAGCUUGUUCUCAUAGAAACCACUCAUUAUGUGGCAGAGAAAGUGAUUACUGUUUGGUCAGUGUUUUUGCAUACCGUAAAGCAGUAUAUUAAUAACUUAGUGAAGACGACAUUCAGUAACAAUCAAAUGUGUGAGUCCAAAAUGAGGUAAUUAGGAGACUGAUUAUAUUAAUGAAAAUACAUUUCAUAUUUUGCACAUACUGAACAGUGCACAGCAACCAUGUCCAAAAUAAAUGACUGUUUAUUGAUACAUUGAUCAUCGAAAAUUCAACUCGCUCAAAAAUUGUGUUUAGCGUUGAAUUGUCUGAGAAACUAGUCUUGAUCUACAACACUGUCUUAGUAACUAUUCAUUGUUGCGUGUGGUUUACCUCAGUUUAUACACUCCGCUUCCUUCACUAUUAUGAAAGAAACUCAGAGAGGACAUUUGUAAAAAGGAAAGCGCGUCUGUCUUACCUGCCAUUUUCAUAUUAUGUUUGAACGGUACUAUACACCUGAGAGGUGAUGUAACCUUUUGAUUUUUUACUAUACAGUAAGUAUUGAACAACCAUUUGCCUUUUUAAAGUGUAUCAAGAUUCUUCUAUUAAAACAUUUUGCAUAAAAUA